AUGUCUGACGAUGAGGGACAGUUUGCCGAAGGCGGAGCGCAGGUGGGCUCUCUGACGUAUCCGAUGCAGGCAGGCGCUCUGAAAAAGGGCGGCUACAUUUGCAUUAAUGGACGUCCGUGCAAGGUAAUCGAUCUUUCAGUGUCAAAAACUGGAAAACACGGUCAUGCAAAGGUGAGCAUCGUUGCCCUUGACAUUUUCACCGGAAACAAGAUGGAAGAUCAGGCCCCCUCAACUCACAACGUUGAGGUGCCCUUCGUGAAAACUGCAACGUACAGCGUACUGGACAUUCAGGAAGAUCGUGAAGACCCCAGCAAGCCAGCUCACCUUUCGCUCAUGGACGAUGAGGGUGAGACUCGGGAUAACCUGGACAUGCCUCCCAACGCGGAACUCGCAGGGCAAAUCAAGGAACAGUUUGAUGCAGGAAAGGACGUUUUGGUCGUUGUUGUUUCUGCUAUGGGAAUUGACCAGAUUCUCAGUUUCAAGAAUGCAGCUGAGCGAUAA